UAUAUUUGUAUAUUUUUUAAUUUAAUUUUUGUUGAUCAUCGUAUUUAAAAUUUAUGAACAAGGUGGAUGCGUUGAGAAAGAGUAUAAACGGAUUAAUGAACAAGGUGAAUGCAACAAAUAUCAAGUAUAUCAUCCCUGAGUUGUUCGCUGAAAAUUCAAUCAGAGGAAGAGGACUGUUUUGUCGAUCAUGUAUGAAGUCCCAAUUGGCAUCUCCUGUAUUUACAGACGUUUUUGCAGCACUUGUUGCUGUUAUAAACACCAAAUUCUCAGAAGUCGGAGACCUUCUUCUGAAGAGGAUUCUUUUGCAGCUUCAAAGGGCAUAUAAGCGAAAUGACAAGCCUCAAUUGCUUGCUUCGGUCAAGUUUAUAGCUCAUUUGGUCAAUCAACAUGUAGUUCAUGAACUUAUUGCUCUUGAACUACUCACAAUUCUACUUGAAAAUCCAACUGAUGAUAGCGUUGAGGUUGCUGUUGGUUUUGUUACAGAAUUUGGAUCAAUUCUUCGAGAUCUAUCUCCAAAAGCCUUCCAUGGUAUUCUUGAGCGUUUUUGUGGGAUUCUUCAUGAGGGAGAGAUAGACAAAAGGGUUCAGUUCUUGAUUGAAGGUCUUUUUGCAUUAAGAAGAUUCCAUCCAGCCAUUCGUCCAGAGUUGGAUCUUGUUGAGGUGGAAGAUCAAUUGACACAUAAAGUAUCUCUUCUAGAUGAAAUCGAUCCAGAGAAUUUACACAUCUAA